AUACGCUAAAAGCUACUGUCUCUAUUGGGUUUUCGGCUUUCCCCCCUGUUCUCUUGGAGCAAGUAGGAAAAACACUAGGGUAAUUCCUGCUUGUCCUUUUCCUUCUUGCCAGCGUGGGUGGGAUCUGGAAUGGAAGGCGUAAAUCCGUUUGGUAAGGAGAGAUGUGAAGUGGUGGCAGCGGCGAGCAGCACCAGAUUUCUCCUUGCUGCUGGGCUCUGAGCAUACUAGCUAGGUGUGCUCGGCACUAUGUAGCUUGAGGCCAUUCAAUACGACUGCAAAGUGACUGAGAAAGUACUUGCUGUAGAACUGUUGAGCGUUUGCAUCUUUACAGCGUAUUAGCAGCUGGUAGAGGUGUGAUGUUAAAAGUGUAUGAAGAUGGAAUUUACAAUUAAACACACAUGGGAUGGUUUACCUGUGAGCCAUGAGCCAGCAACAAUUUGGCUGAAGUCAGACAAUGUGGGACUGCUAAUGGAAGUUAGUGCUCCCUUAUUUAAUGACCCUCCAGCACCACUUGGAGAGCCAGGGAAGCCUUUUAGUAGACUGUGGGACUAUGAGGUUGUAGAAGCAUUUUUCCUGAAUGACAGAACUGAACAAUAUUUAGAAGUUGAACUUUGUCCCCAUGGACAGCACUUGUUGCUGCUGCUUUCUGGCAGAAGAAGAGUAUGGAAAGAAGAACUUUCUUUAGAGUUUGAGGUGACCAGAAUGAAAACCAAAUGGGAGGGUAAAGUUCAUCUUCCUUGGAACUAUUUUCCACCAUGCAUUAACAAGUUCAACGCAUUUGCAAUUCAUGGCUCAGGAGAAGAAAGGAAAUAUGAAGCGCUUUAUCCGGUACCUCAACAUGAACUACAGGAAGGACAGAAACCAGACUUUCAUCGCCUGGAAUUUUUUGAAGAUUUGAACUUGAAAGGACUAAUGGGAGAAGAUUGGAAGCAGCCUGAAUCAGAUAUUUGGAAAUCUCAAUAAUUAAAUGGAUCAUGGCAAAAAUUUUUAUAGCAUUAAGGUUGGAUGAAGCUGUAUGGAUGAAGCAACUUCAUUCUGAGCAGAGUCUGUAAAUAUCGGAUUCCUAAGGCGUUUCUUGACAUCAAAAUCAUUGAUCAGUCUUAAAAUCAGCUGCAAAGUAUCUGAAUGUACAUACUAUGCAACAGCUGUCCUUCAGUUCAUCUAGGUUUGGAGUUUUUCAUAUGUGGUGAAUCUGCACCUACCAAUGAAGGAGAGAAGUGCUAAAAUAAAGUGCUAAAAUGACAGCUGUGUUUUUGUGAGAGCUCUAGCCUGAGAAGGCCAAUAUCUGGCUUGGAAUCCUUCAGUUUCUUCGAGUUAGUCCAUUUCUGCUGUACUUUCUUGUUUGUUUGUCAUUCUGUUGAAUGAGUCUUAUGUACCUAAAUUUUUUUUUUAUUGCAAUCAGGAGAAAAAUACCUCUUCUGGAAACAGAAAAGAAAAUAUUGCCAUCAUGGCAUUUGUGGCCCGGUACUUACAUUACAAAGUGCUGUGGAGGCAUUGCACUAUCCUCUUACACCUUCCUAUACAAGUUUUUCCUUUCAUGGUAUUGAAGGGGAACUUAAUCUGUGUUAGUUUACUAUCAGACUUCUUUCCUUCAAAUUCAGUGUGGAAUUUCUAGUGAUAUUUAGGUAUGGACAGUAGAUCUACAAAAUAUAUAUUCCAGGAAAAGUUUUUGGGACAAAUAAUGGUUAGUAAAACCUUUUGUUGUACCUACAAAAGCUCAUUUGUUCUAAGACCUUGUCACAUCACCUUAAGGAUUCAGCUCAGACACAGAAUUUUGUAUGCAUGCCAACUGAUGUCAGAAAUACUCUAAUUUUAAAUGCUUACAUUUUCUAUGUGCAGGCAGGAAUAUUUUUAACAGUAGUGAAUACUGUUAGAUGGCAACAUCUAAUUGUAAAUUCUCAGUCCCCUACUAGAAAGAGGACUUUCCUACAUCUUGUUGAAAUGUCUUCAUCACAGGCUGAAAGGUCAUGUUCUCUAGUUUUGUGAGAAGGUUUGUUUUGGGACUCUGAGAAUACAGCUCAGUUAUACCUGAGGGAGUAUUUUUCAGAAGUUAUACCCUGAGGAUGCAGUGUUGGGUCUCAUCCUCUUGUGUUGAGAUUUCUUCUGAACAAUUUAAAAUCCUACAGCUUUCUAGACGGGACUGAUGUUCUUGUAGUCUGACAUCCCACUCAAAGCAGGGCUAUUGUUGAAGCUAGAUGAGAUCACUCGGGGCCUUGUUGAGUUUUGAAUAACUCCAAAAAAUGGAGCUUCAGGUGCUCCGUGUAGCCUGUUUCAGUACUUUGACAUGUAAACUUGCCUAAUAACCAUUUCCCAUGCUGCAACGUCGGCCCAUUGCUGUUGGUCCUUUCUGUAUGGCUGAGUGACUUUUUUAAUGUUGACUCAUAAAUGGCUCUAAAAAUCUGUGUAGCUUUAGAUAUCGAGACACCUGUGAAAUUCUGCACAAGACUGCACUCUCCAAGUAAUAUUACUAAAAGGAUUCUCUGUUCUAUUAUGAGCUUGUAUACAGUAAUAGCUAUAGUCAUGUUUGUGUCAUCUCUAAAUUUACCUGUAAAUUUUGUCUAAGAUGGGAAUACACUUGCCUUUGUGAAAAACAUCUCUGUGUGAUUAAUAUCUGAGAGAGAAUAUUCCUUCAGAGUUUUUGUUUGCCUUUAGGUUCCUUAUUUGUACUUUCAGUUUUAUAGAGGUAUACUUUCAAAUUUAAGGAUGUUGGGCUUUUUUGGAUUCAGACUUUGGCAUGUCAGUGCACUCAUACAUCCAAUUGUUUUUGCUUUCUCUUAAAUAGACACUAUAGAUUUCUUGAUAUAGAGUGCCAUCUAUUGAGAAUUAUAAGUAUUGUACAUUCAAUUAUAUGGCUUCUUUUCUAUCUUCCAUCCACAUACAAUCUUCUAAAGGCUGCCAUCAGUCUGAAAUACUGAAUUAACCAAAAAUAUUGAUUAAAGCCAUCUUGUAGACACCAACAUUUCAAAGCUGCUUUUGAAAUUUUGGUUAAAAGCAAAAAAAAACACAAAAAAAAACUUGUCAAACUUUUAGUUUUUGUUUUCAACAGUUUGUUAAAAACAUGUAUGCAAAGGGUCAAAAUGAGUUUACUCCUUUUUUUUUAUCACAAAGGUAUUUUUCACAUGAUGAAUCAUGUUUUGUAUGUAAAGGACAGUAAAUCAAAUUACUUAUUCAGAGCCUUGAUCUCAUAUUCAUUCCCACUUCAAACCGACUACUUCAGAUUUGACUUUGGCUGCGAAUUAUAAACUUUGAGGGAAGUAGAUUACUUUCCCUAAAUAUGGAUUUUAAAAUAAUUGUCUCUGCAGUACAAAAUUUAAUGUUGGAUGCUUCUGAAAAUGGGAAUUAUCGUAUAGACUUUAUUCAGGGCACAUGUUACUCCACUUGUUGGAGUCAUUUGUAUGUUUCUAAGUCUUAACAGUCUGAACUGUAAGUUCUGGCUUUCAUCAGAAGGUUUCCAUAUGGGUUCAUGGAGUGCAGAGGUGGAAUUUGUACAACUUGUUUCUGAAGUUUUAAGUUAAAUGAAUCCCUUAAUAGAAGGUUACUUUAGGACACAGUCUUUACAUGAGGCACAUGUUAGAUGGAAGUGCGGCGUUCCAGCAUAUAGUAGUAAAUUCAUGGCUCAUCGAUGAAUAACACAAUGCUUGCCAGCAUCACUUAAAGCUCCCAGGACUUUGUAUGGAUGGGUAUCAGUGUUCAUUGAGAUGACUAGCUAGUUGGUGGUUUUCUUUUACUGAUCUGCUUUAAACUGGGCCUUGUUUUACAAUGUGGAGUCCAGUUGUAGUCUGCCUUUCUGGAAUUUCUGCUUUUUGACAAGAGGAAAAGACAGAACAGAUUGUUCUGCAUGAGUUCCAUUUAAGUAUGUGUUCAUUAAUUAUUAAUGUCGGUAUAGAAGGAAUGUCAUUCAACCCAGUCUAGCUAAUGUAUGUGUGUAUAUACAUGCGUACAUAUGUAGGCAUUCAGUAUUGGACUGGUUUUGUAUGUCAAACAUGUAUCAAGAAUAAUACAGAUAAAUUUACUAAACGUCCCACUAGAUACCUUUUACAUGGGAUACAAAUAUGAUAAAAUGCAGGGCAGCAUGAUAGAAAGCAGGCACUCUAUCCACAAAUCCAUUUCAUUUUGUAAUGGAUUUGAACACUUCAACUCUAUAGGCACUUCUUACCCA